AUGAACGAGAAAAAGCUAACGCUAGUGACGGAACUGCAUAAGCCUGCACGCCGGAAUUACCCGCGUCGCCGUGUAGACGUGCGCGGCAUCGACGAGACCAGGCAGGCGGAUCUUGUUGAUAUGAUGUCAUACGCAGGACAAAACAAAGGCUACAAGUAUAUGCUCACAGUCAUUGAUAUCCUUUCAAAGUAUGCGUGGGCUGUACCGAUAAGGAGCAAGUCCGGGGAUGAUGUUACAAAGGCCAUGAAAUCUGUGCUAACUCAAGGACGUGUACCGAAAAAAUUACACGUGGAUAGAGGAACGGAAUUCUACAACUCAAAAUUUGGAUCUCUUAUGUCAUGCUAUGGUAUCAAACUCUACUCCACGUACAGUAAUUUGGAGGCUUCGAUCUUAUCGGCUUACAACAACACGAAACACCGAACCAUAAGAAUGAAACCAUCGGAUGUCACCGUUGCGAACGAAAGGCUGUUUAAAACCGGUGACAAAGUUCGAAUCAGCAAGUUCAAAAACGUCUCUGAGAAAGGUUACACUCCCAAUUGGACGACUGAAAUAUUCACAAUAAGCCAAGAGCUCCUUAAGGUGGAACAUCCGGACAUCUAUCUGGUGGAGAAGGUGCUUCAGAAGCGGGGAAAAAAAUUAUACGUCAAGUGGCUAGUAUUUGUCUUUAUUUUUACAUCUUAG